GGGCAUCCGCCUCCGCUGCCAGGGGCCGCGCUCGCCUCCCGCCCCUCCAGGGAGCCCGUGGGGACGGACUCGGGGCCUCCGGCGGCGCCCGGGGAAGGACGGAGGCGGGGGCUGCCGCCCCGGCGGGAGCGCAGGGAGUUUGUGAAACCGCUCCGGACACAAAGGACCAGGAAGUGGGGCCUGCUCUGCGCGCCGGCGUCCCGCCUGCAGGCGCGCGGCUCGCGGCCGCCGCCGAGAGGCCCUUCCGGUGCCUCCGGGGGCGUCUUCGCCCGGCGCGGCCGCGACUCCUCCGCCGGCGCCUCCGGAGAAAGCGACCCAGGGGACGAGGAGAGGAAAGCAAAUAACACACAACCGAGAAGGAAUGGCCGGGUCCCAGAUCUUGUGUCAAAGCCAGACCUGGUCAUUUUUUUGGAGCCAAAGAAGGAGCCUCGGGAUGUGAAAAGAAAGGAGACAGUAGCUACACACUCAGCUGUGAUUUCACCACAAAAAUCUACUGGGAAAGAAAUCUAGCGGACGAGGUGGAAGAAGACGACAAUGGCCAGUUCUCAGGAACUGCUGACGUUCAGGGAUGUGGCCAUAGAAUUCUCUCAGGAGGAGUGGGGAUGCCUGAACGUCGUUCAGUGGGAACUGUACAGGGAUGUGAUGUUGGAGAACUAUGGACACCUCCUUUUCCUGGGUCUUGCUGUGUCAAAGCCAGACCUGGUCAUCUUUUUGGAGGAAAAGAAGGAGCUGUGUGAUGUGAACGAGAAGGAAACCAUAGCCAUACCCCCAGCUGUAUCUUCAAAUGACACGCAGAGUUUGCUGCCAGUGCCCUGCAUAGAAUCUUGUUUUCAGAAUGUGUCCCUGGGUAGAUAUAAACAGAGUGCCCUUGAGAAUUUACACUUAAUGAUAGACUGGGACAAUAAUGGAGAGAGUGCUGAACAUCCAAGAUACGAAGGACAUAUCCAAACGGAGAUAACUGCCCGUUAUGAGAAUCUCACUGCUCCAAAUGGUGAAGAAUAUAAAACAUUUUGGACGACAUCCCUUUUUAAGUCCACUACGUCUGCAAAGCCUUGUGUUCCUGUAAGCAACAGUUCAAAUCCCAUGAUCAAGGAUACGUAUAUGCAGAACCCAGAUUUGGAAAAUCUGGAAAGUUACCUAGUCCAGGCUGAAAAUAAUUACUUGAACCAUUUUGAAAAUAGGUUUGCAUUGACCUUUCAGUCCAAUAUUUCUGAAAAUCAGACCUUUAAAAAUGAAGAAAAAAGCGCUAUGUGGUAUCAGUUUGAGAGUUCCUUCACUGAGGAGUCAACCCUGCAAAAUUACCAGAGCAUUUUCAAUGAGAAUAUAAUUGCUCAAUACAGUGAAUCUGAGAAGAUAUUUAUCCAGGGAGCAAAUGUUAAUAAACAUCUGGUUACUCAUUUUCCAGAGAACCAUUUUGAAUGUAAUAAAUGGGAAGUCUUUUAUCAAGGCUCCAACCUUAUUAUACAUAAGAGUAUGCAUAUGGGAGAGAAUCCUUAUAAAUAUAAUGAAUGUGAGAAAGCUCUUAACCAGACCUCCAAUGUUACUGAUCAUCCGAGGAUUCAUGUGGGAAAAAUCCCAUACAGACAUAAUAAAUCUGGGAACAUGUUUAGUCGAUCAUCAAGACUAUAUAUACAUAAGACAAUUGGUGCUGGAGAGAAAAGUUACAUUUGUAAUGAAUGUGGCAAGGUCUUUAUCCACCACUCAAGCCUUACUCAGCAUCACAGAAUUCAUACUGGAGAGAAUCUUUACAAAUGUAAUGAAUGUGGAAAACUCUUUACCAGGCACUCACAUCUUACUGAACAUCACAGAAUCCAUACUGGAGAAAAACCGUACAAAUGUGAAGAAUGUGGGAUGGCCUUUACCCAGCAUGCAACCCUUGUUGGUCAUUACAGAGUUCAUACAGGUGAAAAGCCUUACCAAUGUAAAGAAUGUGGCAAGACCUUUAAAUGGCACUCAAUUCUUAGUAAACAUUACAGAACUCAUACUGGAGAGAAACCUUACAUAUGUAAAGAGUGUGGCAAGGCCUUUAGGCAGCACACAACGCUUACUCACCAUUACAGAACUCAUACUGGAGAGAAACCUUACCAAUGUAAAGAAUGUGGCCAAGCCUUUAUCCAGCACUCCAACCUUACUCAACAUCACAGGAUUCAUACAGGAGAGAAACCUUACCAAUGUAAUGAAUGUGGCCAGGCCUUUAACCAUCAUUCAUAUCUUACCCAACAUCACAGAAUUCAUACAGGGGAGAAACCGUACCAAUGUAAAGAAUGUGGCCAGUCCUUUAACCAGCACUCUAACCUUACUCGACAUCACAGAAUUCAUACUGGAGAGAAACCUUUCAAAUGUAAAGAAUGUGGCCAGGCCUUCAACCAGCAUUCACACCUUAAUCAACAUCACAGAAUCCAUACUAGAGAGAAACCUUUCCAAUGUAAAGAAUGUGGCCAGGCCUUUAAUAGACACUCAAACCUUACUCAACAUCACAGAAUUCAUACAGGAGAGAAACCUUUCCAAUGUAAAGAAUGCGGCCAAGCCUUUAACAGGCACUCAUACCUUACUCGGCAUCAUAGAGUCCAUACUGGAGAGAAGCCUUACAAAUGUAAAGUAUGUGGCCAGGCCUUUAACAGGCACUCAAACCUUACUCGACAUCACAGAAUUCAUACUGGAGAGAAACCUUACAAAUGUGAAGAAUGUGGCCACACCUUUAUCCAGUAUUCACACCUUAUUCAACAUCAUAGAAUACAUACGUAAGAGAAAGCUUACCAAUGUAAAGAAUGUGGCAAGGUAUUUAAUCUCUGGUUAACCUUUACUCAUUAUCACAGAAUUCACACUGGAGCAACCUUACAAAUCUAAAGAAUGUGGGAAAACUAUUAAGGACUUCUUAGGCCUUACUCCACAUCGGAGAAUUCCUAUUGGAGAGUAAUCCACAAAUGUAAAGAACAUUGCCUGACCUUUAAGCAAUGCUAAAUCCUGACUCCUGAACAGAGAAGUUAUACUGGAGAGGAUUUUGCAAAUAUAAAGAAUUUGGCAAGCUCUUUAACCAGAGGUCAAAGCCUCAUUCAACAUCACAGAAUUCCUACUGGAGGAAAAAUUUACAAAUGUUAGGAACCUGAUAAAACUUUGAGGACUGUUGAACCCUACUCAGCCUCACUGAGUUUAUACUGAGGAGAAACAUUACGAAGGUAAAGAAUGUGGCAAGCCCGCCACUGAAACUCACAACUUGCUCAACAUCACAGCUAUCUUACAGUUUAGAAACCGUAACAUGUAGAGAAAGUUGCAGUGCCUUUAACCGGAAUCCAGUCUGUACUGAGUAUCCCAAAAUGCACACUAGAUUCAAACCCUGAAAAUGUAAUCAAUGAGCAAAGACCUUCAUUUUAAAUGUACAUUUUAGUAAACACAGAGCACAUAGAGGAAAGUAACUUGAAAGAUAUAAAAGAUAUAAAUAUUUAGGAAAAUAUUUAAUUAUCAAAUAUCAAUAAAUGUCACAGAAAUCAAGUGAAAAGCAUUGUCAGUCAACCUAUUUAGACAUUACAUCAAAAUACUCCUUACAAGUAAUAAUACAAAGUUAAAUACUUAGAUAAAAUAUAUGCUAAUAGGUUUCAAAAGCUUAAAUGGAUGGAUUUUUGCAUAGGUAGAAUUAAUUUCAAUAUUUUUUUUUCUUACAUUGAUCUCUGGUAUUUGACUAGCAAAUAUUAAUGUAUUUCUACUCUCAAAUCACAGAAUUCAUUCAUUCCUACGGGAUGCGUGAAAAUAUGUGGCUGAUUGUUGAUGCAUCAAAGAUAUGAGAUGUCCUUUUUCAUUAGGUGGGACUCCUGCAUACCUAAGUUUUCAUGGGAGAUGGACAGUAUGCUGUACAAUCUAUGAAGGAAAUCUAAGUGGAGAUGCUGAUUCUGGUUAUCGUGAGAUAGGUGUUCAGAACAUCAAUCUUCUCCGUUUAUUCAAAGUAAAAAAUUUCGGAAAUACUGGUUUUUUUUGUUUUGUUUUGUUUUGUUUUACUAACUGGUGUUUUAAGGAAAAAGACCUGGCAGUCUAGUAAAAUACUGGUGUAUCUUCAUCACAACUAUAAUUCGUUCGAAGUAGAGAAUGUCAGUUGAUGUGGUUGAAAUUAAGAAAUCCUCACUGAUGUCAGAAAGAGGAUUGCUAACGCUUCCCCCAAAUGGCAUUAUGAUUAUAGGUACAUAUUUUUAAAGAAUGACCUCAGGCCUGAAAAUUAUGGAAAGCACUAUUUCCACAUCAUUAUAUCAGGAGACAAAUGGCUUUUUAAAUGCCUGUAUUCUGUAUUUGGAAGAAGGAUUAUAGAGUGGGUUUGGAAUGCAUUAUUUAGUCUAUGUAUGAACUUAAUAUAUUUUAGUUACUAAAACAUGGUUUUUAACAUGUUUGCAUGGAUGUGUAACGAAUGAAGUGUUAUCCCACGACUGUUAACCUAUCAUUUUAUUUAAUGUUGUAGGAAACUGGUAUCUAUCACGUAUUUUUAAUGCAGUGGAAUAAUAUACCUAGAAAUCCAUUUUCUCUGGCUUUAAAGUUUAAAUAAUGUGUGAUUAUUUUUUCCCCUAGUUUCUCAAUUGUAUCAUUUUCUCCUUUUUGGGACUAAUGGGAUAGUACUUGGAUAUAUUACAGAUGAUAUAGGGAUAUUAUAGACUUUAUCUCAAGGACUCCAUGAUGGUGCUACUUGGCAACCAUUUUGUGUAGCCAGUAGUUUUACAGGGACUCGAACUAACACCGGCCCUUUCUCACUAGUAUGGUCCCUAGUUUUAACACCCUGCAGAGUCACAAGUUCAUGUAACUUUUUUUUUUU